AUGGUAAAGAUCAUGUUGAAUUCUGUGCUAGGAUACCUCUCUCUCACAAUUUUGCUUGCGCUGCUUGCGACGGUACGGUAUGUCGACAUCUUAUGGCAAAGAAGACGCCUCGCCAGAAGUAAUGGCUGUAAACUGCCUCGAUCACUCCCUCAGGCAGACAGUUUACUCGGCCUUGGUACAAUAAGAGAAAGCUAUCACCAUUACCAAGAAGGCUCAUAUUUAAGCCUUUCCAAAGACCGAUUCGACCAAUUUGGGAACACGUAUCGAUUCGUUCAACUCGGAUCCGCUGUCAUCAACACCAUUGAGCCAGAAAAUGUGAAAGCCAUACUAUCAACCCGCUUUCAGGACUUUUCAGUCGGUCUCAAACGGCAAACCGCAUUUGAGCCUUUGAUCGGGCAUGGUAUCUUUACAGCUGAUGGAUCAGAUUGGAAGCAUUCAAGGAAAAUGCUUCAACCUGCAUUUGCUAAGGAUGAACUGAACAAUCUCAGUACACUCGAGAGAAAUGUGCAAGCUCUGCUAUCACAAGUGACUGAUCAACCAGUCAAUCUCCAGCGAAGCUUUCUCGCUCUGACGAUUGAUUUUGCGACCUAUUUCCUGUUCGGCGAGAGUACAGCCGCGCUUAGAUCGCCCGAGUCGGCAGCCAAUGCGGAAAAUUUUGGAACGGCAUUCGAUCGAGCUCAAAAGACUGUUGCCAAGUUCUUUGCCCUGGGCCCAUUCUCUAUUCUCGCUUGCGACCCUCAAUUCAAGCGUGAUCAGAAGACCGUCAGCUCCUACGUUGACGGCUUCGUCGAGAAAGCGCUUUCAUCGCCACAGAACAAGGGAGAGAAAGGCUGUUUCUUGAACGAGCUUUCCAAACAUACUCAGGAUGUGCCACUUUUGCGGGGCGGUCUGCUUAAUAUACUUUUGGCGGGUCGAGACACGACUGCUUCACUCCUUUCAAACCUUUGGUUCGUACUGGCCCGUCGACCGGACAUUUACGGAAGACUACAAGAAGAGAUUCAAGUGCUGAAUGGAAAAGCCCCAACACGAGACGACCUCAAAAGUUUGUCCUACUUGAAGUCUUGCUUGGACGAAUCAUUAAGAUUGCAUCCUCCUAUUCCCAGAAAUUCGCGGACUGCAAUUCGAGACACAAUCUUGCCGGUUGGAGGAGGCGAGGAUGAAAAAUCUCCCAUCUUCGUAGGUAGGGGCACUGAAGUUGGCUACCAAGUGUUUGCUAUGCAUCGUCGAAAGGAUAUCUGGGGUUCGGAUGCAGACGAGUUUGUUCCAGAGCGUUGGACAAGGAAAGACAGACCCAGACCUCAUUGGGCUUAUCUUCCAUUCAAUGGAGGACCACGUAUUUGUCCCGGCCAACAGCUUGCGUUGACCGAGGCAAGCUACGUCACAGCCAGAUUACUUCAAGAGUUUAAAUCCGUCAAGAGCUCGAAUGAAUCAGGGAGUAGUAUCUGCAGUGAUGGGUGGCGGGAAGAUCUUGGUCUAACCUGUACUACCGCAGAGGGGACGUGGGUGCGUCUUACGAGGAAUGCAUGUGGGACGUAG